CUCCUGGGUUGAAGUAAUCCUCCCGCCUUAGCCUCCCAAAGUGUUGGGGCUACAGGCAUGAGCUACUGUGACCGGCCAAUUGCAGACAGAAGGAAGUGUGGCCGGCCACUUCACUGGUGUGUCCCAAACACCCCUCCGCAUGCAUAAUAAGAGGGGGUACUUUUCUGCUCCUGAUUCCUGUUCUGUGUGUGUUUAGUGGGGAUCACAGCAGGAAGGCAGGGUGGGGUGUGGGUGGAAUUUGGGAUGAGUGGAGUCUGGGCAGGUCCGGAGCUCUCUGUCUGCCUUCUGGGCCCGUGUAAGCUGGCUCCAUUGUCCCCUCUGCCCUGCUUUGGCUGAGCUGAACCUUCUUGCUCCUUCCCAACUGGGGGCUUUUCACUUAAACUUUGUUGCCCCCGAUGGACUGGCCUUGAUAGAAUGCGCCUUGCCUCAUUCAUCACUCGACUUCUGUCUGCUCAUUUUUGUACCUUAGCUUUAGUGUCACCUCCUCCAGGAAGCCUACUUUGACUUCUCCUGCUCCCUAGGUCCCCGCUAGGCGCCCACAGCUGCCUGUGUUUCCUGCAUGACAGCUCUGCUUUUACUGGGCACAGCUUUCCCUCAUUCUUCACUCAACUGCUCCAGCUCAUCUUUAGAGUUUCAGCCUAAGUGUCUCCUCCUCCAGAAAGCCUCCCCUGAUUUCCUCGCCUCCCUAGGCCUCCUCUGGGCUUCCCACAGCUGCCUGUGUGUCGUCUGUCACCGCUCCCAUCGCCUCUGGUCACACAUCCAUUUCCUCCUUCCGACUUUGAGCUCCGCGUCGGUGGGUAUUGUGGCUUUGUCGGGUUCCUGGCUGUGUCCCCAGCACCCAGCACGUGGCCUGGCACACAGUAAGUGCUUGGUAACCCAGCACCACGCUCAGAAACCCCCUUUCCAGCUGGGCGCGGUGGUUCACGCCUGUAAUUACAGCUACUCCAGAGGCUGAGGCACAGGAAUUGCUUGAAUGCGGGAGGCGAAGUUUGCAGUGAGUCGACAUGGAGCUGUUGCACUCCAGCCUGGGUGACAGAGACUACGUCUCUAAUAAUAAUAAUAAUAAUAAUAAACAACUAGUUAAAUAGAAUUCUCACAUGCCACCGGCGGGGAGAGUGCUUGAUUCAUUAUAUCAGAGGAAACCGAGGCUCAGAGAGGUGAAGCAACUUGCUGAAAGCCACACAGCUGGGAAAUGGAGGAGUUGGGAUUUUUAGCCAAGGCUCUUAAUCGGCACAAAUACCACUUCUCACUUGGGACAGAAAGGAAGCCCCGACGCCUUAGGCUCCUAUAGAGCCUGGGAUGUUGAGACUCAGGGCUGCUGUCUGCUGAACCCUGGGGCUCAGUCUUCCCAUCUGGACAAAGGAACGUUUCUUAGGUACCUCUAGCCCUGAGACACUGGGUUCUUAGGGUUGGCAGGUUAGAGAAAAACCAACGUGGAAUACCCAGAAGUUAACUUGAAAUUUCUGGUGAACAACUAAUACCUUUUUAGUACAAAUAUGCCCCAACUGUGAAUAAAGAUAAAUAAGCUUGCAACAAACUCCUUCAUAAACCGCAGGCUCCAGACUACAAGUCCCAUAACCCACUGCGUCCUCCCUUAGGAACUGACUAUCAUGACUUUUUAUUUUUCAUUCAUUCUUUCAAAAAUGGCACAGGCCACCCGCCGUGCGCCAAGUCUUGUGCUAGGUGCCGGGGAUACAUCAUAUGCACAAAACAGGCGUAAGUCUUUGCCCUCGUGGACUUUGACAUCUACAUCCUUGGGGGAGUUGAAGUGAUUUUUGUUUUUCUCAGCAAUUUCUGCCAGGGAGACUACAGUUCCCGUGACCCUUUGUGUUUGUUUGAUGGGACUACAACCCCCAGAAGAGUUAGCGCGCCAGACCAGCACUUAAUGUCCCUUUAACUCCAAUUUCCUUCCAGGUCGCAAGGUCACGUCUUGUUUCCCACCCCACCCCCGCCACCCGCCACAUUUAGCCCCUCACCCCACCUCCCCUCACGCCAAAGACAGGGUUAAGAAAGUGCUACUGCGAAAUAGUUUUUUUAAAACAUUUUACUGCAUUUUAUGACUUGGAGUUUAUGUGAAACUUCAGCGGUGUUAGCCCAACAGCCCGUCGCACCUUCCGGGAGUCCCAGAGUGGGCCUACAACUCCCAGGGAGCUCAGCGAGCGCCGGGCUGACUGCAAUUCCCGAAAGGCAGCGCGGCUGGCGGGGCGGUUCGUGGCGGUGCCCGCAGGACCCCAGAGCGAGAGCGGGCUGCCCGGCGCGGCGCCCGCAGGACCCCGGCGGCUACCCAUGCCGAGGUGAGUCCGCGGGAGCCGCCGCUGCCGCCGUCCCGUUCCCGCCGCCGCCCCGUGGGGCCCCGCCGCCAGCCAGGAUGCUGGAGGAAGCGGGCGAGGUGCUGGAGAACAUGCUGAAGGCGUCGUGCCUGCCGCUUGGCUUCAUCGUCUUCCUGCCCGCCGUGCUGCUGCUGGUGGCGCCGCCGCUGCCCGCCGCCGACGCCGCGCACGAGUUCACCGUGUACCGCAUGCAGCAGUACGACCUGCAGGGCCAGCCCUACGGCACGCGGAACGCGGUGCUGAACACGGAGGCGCGCACGAUGGCCGCGGAGGUGCUGAGCCGCCGCUGUGUGCUCAUGCGGCUCCUGGACUUCUCCUACGAGCAGUACCAGAAGGCCCUGCGGCAGUCGGCGGGCGCCGUGGUCAUCAUCCUGCCCCGGGCCAUGGCCGCUGUGCCCCAGGACGUCGUCCGGCAAUUCAUGGAGAUCGAGCCUGAGAUGCUGGCCAUGGAGACCAUCGUCCCCGUGUACUUCGCCGUGGAGGACGAGGCGCUGCUGUCCAUCUACGAGCAGACCCAGGCCGCCUCCGCCUCCCAGGGCUCCGCCUCUGCCGCUGAAGUGCUCCUGCGCACGGCCACCGCCAACGGUUUCCAGAUGGUCACCAGCGGGGUGCAGAGCAAGGCCGUGAGCGACUGGCUCAUCGCCAGCGUGGAGGGGCGGCUGACGGGGCUGGGCGGAGAGGACCUUCCCACCAUCGUCAUCGUGGCCCACUACGACGCCUUCGGAGUGGCCCCAUGGCUGUCACUGGGCGCGGACUCCAAUGGGAGCGGCGUCUCUGUGCUGCUGGAACUGGCACGCCUCUUCUCCCGGCUCUAUACCUACAAGCGCACGCAUGCAGCGUAUAACCUCCUGUUCUUUGCUUCUGGAGGGGGCAAGUUUAACUACCAGGGAACCAAGCGCUGGCUGGAAGACAACCUGGACCACACAGACUCCAGCCUGCUCCAGGACAACGUGGCCUUUGUCCUGUGCCUGGACACCGUGGGCCGGGGCAGCAGCCUGCACCUCCACGUGUCCAAGCCGCCCCGGGAGGGCACCCUGCAACACGCCUUCCUGAGGGAGCUGGAGACGGUGGCCGCGCAUCAGUUUCCCGAGGUGCGGUUCUCCAUGGUGCACAAGCGGAUCAACCUGGCGGAGGACGUGCUGGCCUGGGAGCACGAGCGCUUCGCCAUCCGCCGGCUGCCUGCCUUCACCCUGUCCCACCUGGAGAGCCACCGCGACGGCCAGCGCAGCAGCAUCAUGGACGUGCGGUCCCGCGUGGAUUCUAAGACCCUGACGCGGAACACGAGGAUCAUUGCGGAGGCUCUGACUCGAGUCAUCUACAACCUGACGGAGAAGGGGACGCCCCCAGACAUGCCGGUGUUCACGGAGCAGAUGCAGAUCCAGCAGGAGCAGCUGGACUCGGUGAUGGACUGGCUCACCCACCAGCCCCGGGCCGCGCAGCUGGUGGACAAGGACAGCACGUUCCUCAGCACGCUGGAGCACCACCUGGGCCGCUACCUGAAGGACGUGAAGCAGCACCACGUCAAGGCCGACAAGCGGGACCCGGAGUUUGUCUUCUACGACCAGUUGAAGCAAGUGAUGAACGCGUACAGAGUCAAGCCGGCCGUCUUUGACCUGCUCCUGGCCGUUGGCAUCGCCGCCUACCUCGGCAUGGCCUACGCGGCUGUCCAGCACUUCAGCCUCCUCUACAAGACCGUCCAGAGGCUGCUUGUGAAGGCCAAGACGCAGUGACACGGCCACCCCCACAGCCGGAGCCCCUGCUGCUGCCUGGUCCGUGGGGCAGAGCACGAGUGAGUGGACGCUGCCUUCCUCUCCGGGCGGCCCCAGUGGGGACAGGGACCCUCCCCUCCCCAGCAGUGGUCGAAACACUGAAUUACAGAGCUUUUCCCUGUUGCUCUCCAAGACUGGGGGGGAUUCUUUCUUUUUUCCUUGUCUUUGAACUUUCUGGAGGAGAGCUUGGGAGAUGUCCCGGGGCCAGGCUACAGACUUGCGGACCAGCCCCCAGCCCCGGGAGCCGGCCGCCCUCGGUCCGGUGUAAGCACACGUGCACAGUUAGAGCGGAGACGCCGGGACCCCGCCCGAUCUCGCGCCGCCUCCGCCCCCGCCUCCGCCUCUGGCCGAAAGGGGCCUGGACUGCAGGCGCCACCUGCACCCUGCUCCGCAUCCGCCCGUGGACGCUCCUCCCGCUCCCCAGUGGCGGCGUGGGCGUGGUUACUUGUCUCUGCUCCCUCCUGCCUGGAGAGGGCAGUGCCAGCGCCGGGGUUCUGGGAUUGCAGCCCCACUGGAGCCUUUUGUCCCUCCUGUGGUCUCAGUGACCCAUCCCCCCACAGUGGGCUCUCGGGGAGCUGCACCACCUGGCCUUCCCCUUUUCUGACAGUGGUGAGCAGACACCAUCGCUGAGAGCCUCUGCUCCAUGGGGGGCUGGCAGGCAUCUCCCCCACCCCAACACCGCACACCCCCAGCCACCCGCCCUCCUCUCCUAGCCAGCUCCGGUGGCCCCCGUGCCUCCGAGGCCGAAGCCCAGCUCCCAGGGCCCUCACCUGCGUGGCGUGCCCCCCCCAGCUCCCUGCCCUGAGCCUAAGCCGGUGCCUGCGGUUUCCUGGGCGUGGCAUGGAGCCCCCAGGCCCUCCAGGCUUUGCCAUGGCCAGCCGGUUUCUGGGGAACUGCGUGCUGGUGGAGGUCCGGGAGGCAGGAGGUGGCCCGGGGAGGCCUGGUGGCUCCUCCCAUCACUCCCCACCCUGGGCCUCAGUUUCCUCAUCUGUAGAAACGACGUGUUCCGGGGGCACAUCCGAGCAUUUGCUGGGGAAGAGAUGACUUGGGACGUGGUCUCUGGGGCCACCCUUCCUGGGACUCGGAGAGGAGGUCCAAGCCCCCUGGGAAGGCUGGGACAGAACCUCAGCCCCACAGGCCAGGCGCCUGGCGUGAGUGCCGGGGGGGAAGGAGGCCGCAUUGAGCUCAGGGAGACCCAGGCGUGUCUGUUCUUUAGCAAUACAACCCACCCAGUGUGGGCUCGGGGCUUGAGUCCUGGCCUGGGCACCCGAGGCCGCCUCCCUUUCGUGGCCCAGGGAGGUGUUUGCUGUCUGAGGGUCCUGGGCCUCAGUCCAUGGGAGCCUGGGAGUCCGUCCAGAUAGGACCCGGGGGUCUUGCUUUGCCUACCAGUUCUUCGGCUGGCACCUCUGCCCUCCAGAUCCUGCAGCCUGGAAGGGUGAGGGGACAACCAGUCUUCCUUCCUCCCAGUUGGCAGGGCACUCCCCUUCCCUGUCUGCCCCGCUGGUGACCCCCCUCCUCCAGAGACUUGCCCAAAGGCCCGUCACCGCCUUCCUCUGGGCACUCAUACUGGGACUCUGGGACCCGGGCAGCUGCCGCCUUGUCACCAUGAGAGAAUUUGGGGAGUGCUUGCAUGCUGGCCAGCGGGCCUCUGGGUGCCGUGGGGCCAGGGUUGCGGAGGGAGCUUCCAUCCUUCCUGGGCAGGACGCACUGACCGGCCGUCUGGGGCUCAGGCGGGUGUGGGAUGCAGCGGCCCCAUGAGAAAAUAAAGCCAUAUUGAAUGAUCACCA